AAAAACAUCCGGGCAUUUGACAAACGUACAACGCGAGUUUAACUGUUGACUGUUGUUUUAUUGGAAAGAGAACUGUCAAACGCUGUGUUAUUGCUUAUAUUGAUGGAUCAUUUGAAAUUCAAUAUUUUAAUGCAUUUAUUUUAAUUCAAGCAGACAAUCUUAAUUCUUUAAAUGCAAAAUGCUAUAGAUUUAUACCUGGACACUCAUUUUGUGCAUGUAAAAUCACGUGACUUACAGUGGUAGUCAUUGAGUCAAAACAGAAGGGAGCAAACAAGCCUUUGAACGACUGGAAAAAAGGGAAAAUUAACUUUCUGAAAGGUAGUGGUAAAAUCAGACAAGAUGGAGUGGAUGAUUAUGAAUUGUGAUGGUGUCAAAGGACACUGCAGUAGUCUAGGAGACAGGGUGGAAGGGGUCUACCAGGCAGCAGAUGACUGCUAUGAAACUCUGACAGCGUUAACAGAGAACCUACAAGAGGAAGACCCUAUUGAUAGAAGUACUCGGAGACAGCUUGCUGCCUCCCACCUCAUACAACAAGACUUAGUGCCUAUGCUCAUUGAUCUUGAAGAUGACCCAGAGCUUUUCCAGCUGGGUGUUCGUCUUCUGGUCAGUCUAACGCAGCCAAUAGAAUGUCUGCAGCAGACAAAAUGUGGGGAAACAAAGGGCCUACAAGGGGAGCCACCAUGGGUGUGGGAUGUGAAUUCCAUGCUCCUUGAGGCCAAAACAGCUUGCUCCGAGGAAAAGUUUAUCAAAGCAGUAUUCUCAGAAAUCCAGAAAAUUUUGGAAGAUGCUGGAGAGUAUGAUUUGGUGGAAGUGGAUUGUGAGUCGAUUAACCAAUGUUUGUUGAUGAUAAGGAAUCUCCUUUACAUACAAGACACUGCUCAAGGGCCAGAAUAUCUGUCUGGCAUUCAUAUGGUUUUCUUGAGGAACCUGUUUCAUUGUGGGAUAGACAAAGUACUGUUAUUCCUGCUGAAUGCCAAUCAAAAGGAUUUCUGGGGAGUGACUUUGGUUCAACUCAUCUCUCUUCUGUACCGAGAUUUGGUCAGUGAGAUAUUUGUACGUAUAGAAGACAUGUCGUCGUGUGGGGAGGAGUCAUGUGACUCGUCUAACUGUUCACAUUGCGAGGCGGCGAUGGAUCGACCAUAUCCCUUCGAUCCUCCGUCUUUUAGGCGAUCAUCGUCAAAAAACAACAGUAGUGAGAGUUCGGGAAAUACAUCACCGGAUUUUACAAAAAACGCUGUAAGCUGUACAACGGAAUCGAAAACUAUGAUUCUAUCAGAUCACAAUGAGGUAGAGAGCAGAACCACAUCACCGCUUUCUUUGUGCUUUAGAAACUCUUGUCAGAUAAAUCAGGACUCGGACAGUUUGAGAAAAAACGAUAAUUGUGAAACGGACCCUUGUUCUCGGUGUUUUGGAAAUCAGGAAAAAGACAAUGCCAAAGUUGAUCCUGCUUUGAUCAGUUGUUCGACUCAUACACUGGAACAAACUACAAGUGAAAAAUUUAAAAGUGCAUCUGCCGAUAAUAAAAGUACAGACUCAGAUUCUUCGCUGGACGAAUUAGGGUCACAGCUUACAGAGUUCACUUUUAGUUUUAUACAGAAUGGCUUCUCUAGCUUAGUCAGCGUCUUAAAGCAAUCUUUAAUGAACCAACAUGAAGGAGGCUUCACACAAGCCCUAGAUGACUCCUAUUUUUUGUGGAGCGUUGCUUUCUUUCUCAAGUUUGCCCGUAGGAAAGAAAUAGAAUUCAAGAAGAUCAAAAAUGUAUUCACAGAAGAUGUGUUUGGUUUUCUUGUGUAUGAAGCUGUAAGUAACGGAGAAGAUGUGCUCAAUUCAUUCAGGAACAAUAAAAACUACGCCCUUAGCAUGAGAAGAUUACAUUUGAGUGUCAGUGCCUUACGAGAAUUGAUAAAGACCUUGACCUUUCACAGAGAGAGAGGACUGGAGGCAGACGAUCUACAGUACCUAGAAGAACUGCAAAAAACACUGGCCAACAUGAAAGAUUUACGACAAUUGUUUUUAUGGUUGGUGAGGAUUUAUGAGCCUGGUUGUCACAGUAUACUGUUUCUACGAGACGUUAUAGUAACCAACCACUACUUCCUGUUACUGUUGGAGGAAUGGAUUGGCCGGGGCUUUUGUCUUGAUAAGAGAAUCGACAUGCUGGCUCAUGUUAAACAGUUUGCGGAAGCAAAUGUGAUGCAAAAGUACGGGUACUUGUUACAGAACUUUGUACGUAACGAUCAUCAUGUUAACAACUGUAUAUUUACUAUGAUGCAUCACGUGGCGGGCGACUGUCUCAAACCUGAAGCUCUCCUCCAGGCAGACAUACUGAAAACAUUCCUACAGAUCUGGGACACCGAGUUACCUAUAACACAGGAGAUGAAUGACCUGAUGGAAUACGUAAUUCAUAAAUUCCUAGCCACUGCAGAAGAGAAUCCCCUGUCAUGUGCAAUGCAGUUGUUUACAGAAUCUUCAAGUGAAUUAGAGGAUAUGAAUAUUGAUGGAAGUGAGUCCGAGGACUCCUCAGACGAGGAUGAGUGGACAGAGGAGGAAGUGGACAAAGUGUUCAUGUGGUAUGCAGAAUUAGAAGGCUGCUCUGAUGUGGUCGACAAAAUCACAAUAAUGUUCAGUGAAGUUGGCAUCAAGAAAUCCAAGUUAGAGGUUGUAAAUCACAUGGUGAAGAUGGGUUGGUUGAGUUCAGAACAGAUGGAGACGUUUAUAGACACUGAUAAACAAGAAUAUGAUCUGGAAACCCCCAAACUAAAUAUUGAAGACAAAAAACAGAAGAAAAUGAUCUCAAUUCUUGAAGAGCUCUCCAGAAUGGAGGAAGAAAAGAUAGUACCUUAUUGUUUAACGAAACUGAGAGAGGAAGGAUUAGAUGUCCAGAUUGAUUAUAUCCAAGCUAGUUUCUUGGAAGCUGCUUAUGUUAAGAUAGAUAACGAAUAUAUGGAGAAAAAACAUGUAGAGGAGCCACUGUUUAAAUAUUACCUUGGCAAGGGUAAAGAUUUACCGAUCGUGUUCUACAACGAGGAUCAGGAGAAGAUCAGGAGUAAUGUUUACAUGUUGGCACUACUACAGCAAAUGGGACUUCAUUUAGAGGAGGAGACAGGACUUCUUUAUCCCAGAAUACCUAGCAAUAUGACCGUACAGGAACUGGUCGAACUUGCAAAAAUGCUAGGCAAAAUUGAUGAAGAGUAUGUUAAAUUUGACAUUACAAAAGCCGCAGACUACAUAAGUGCUACAACAAAAGACACAUUCUCAGAGCCACGAGCAUUUGGCGAUAACAACAUGGACAGUGGUGCUGUCAGAAGGAAAUCAUCAACGAAGGUACCGAGUGUUGCAUGGAUGAGUCUAGUCUCAAACUUUAACAGGACGGAACAAACAUAUUACACUAGUACAGUAGGACUCGACAUGGAUACAGAUUAAAACAAUAGAAAAUUGAUGUAAUUUACACAAAUAAUAGUUGUAAUGAAUGUUACGUUAAAACUUGAAGUAAUAAUUCUAUCUCGUAUAAAGUUGGUGAAUUGUGUUGGCGCAAAGAUGUUAAAAGACUUAGCAAGGACAUUGGCACCAUUUAUGAUAGCAAAAGUGCAGAGGUCAUGCAUCAGACUAGAGGAACAAGCAUUAUAGUUGAAAUCUUGGUGAAGAUUGCAUUAUAUGAAUUGAUGCAAAUGAAAAACAUCUAUGAUUAUUUAUCUCUUUAAAUGAUACUUAUUUGCAUAGAAUUUGGACAGGCUCGAAAAAAGACGGUUAGUGUUUGGAGUUAAAAACAUAGGUGGUUAUUAAAGCUGCUUUUUUGUUAACUUUGUACUUAAUUUUCUACAAUACAUUGCAUUUUUAGCUCACCUGCGCACAUCAGCACUCUGGUUUAAUUUAUAUACUAGCCUUUGUUUAAAAAUGCACCAUGUGCGUAAUAUACAUGUAUAUAGAAAACAAUGCUAUUGACAAAGAAGCAAAACUUCUUUUGGCACAGAAAGCUGCACGAGUAAGAAAAUAGCGAGCAGAAAAGUAUUUGACUUUUUCUAGAUAACUAAUAAAUUGAAAACUUAUAUACUCCGAUAUGCUGGUAUGUCACAAAGUUUUCCAAAUAAAAUAAACACAUAUUAAGAGGAAAAAGGGCAAUAGGGUUAGGAAAAGGGGAAUCGUUUGUGGUAAAUUGGGUUAUAAUGUGUAAAGAAGGGUCCAUUUUGAUGGGUAAAGUUGUACAUGGUUAAGUGAAGUUAUUUUUCAUGAAUAUAUUGGUUUAUUUUGUACAUGUAUAUAUUUUUACAAGAAUAUUUAUUGUCAUGAAUGUUUACAUCAAAUUGUAAAUAUAUAUCAAAUGAUGUACGAAAAUGUUUGUACUGUGUCUUUUAUUGACACACUUGUCGUAUCCCAGCCACAAUUGAUAUUAUUAUUAUGUCAGUCAAAUAUUUUUGUUAUGAUGUUUGACAUAACGUUAGAUACUUUUAAUGUAUGUGACUUGUAUUUUAAAUGUCACACUAUGAAUGAGGCCAACAUUACUAUUGAUGUCUAUAGACUAAAAAUGCAGGACCAUGCCAGGAGCCAAUAAUUUAUUUAGUUCCGGUAAAUUCGGUACCAAUAAACUUAAUCUAGCAAAAGUCAGUAUUGAGUGUAAGACUGCUUCUUGUGAGACUGGUUCUUUUGUGAAAUCAAUAUAAAAUGGUAUACAGUCAAAUAAAUGAGUCAAUAUUGAUUGACUGGUUCUUGUAAAAUCAAUAUGAAAUGGUAUACAGUCAAUAUUGAUUGACUGGUUUGGGCAAAAUCAGUCAAACUCCUCACAGUGAUUACCUCCCUUGGCAGAAUUGUAAUCACUGCUUUUGCAGAAAUCACAUGAUGAUGAAAGUCACACGACGAAAUGUCGAAAUUCAAAUGUAAAUAUCGACUGUUACAUAGAAAAUUAAAUGUAAUUCUUUUCUCUUUCUGUUUUUUCGUACUUAUAUCUGUUGUAGUUUAUAAAAAUAAUGAAAAAUAAACCCAAAAGCUAAAAAAAUGUAAAACUACAAAAUACAAUGUAUUGAUAAAAAUGUGUAUGGUGGCAGAGAUAUCUGUACUGAUAAGGGGAGCUCACUGUGUAGGAGAUUGAAAAUCAGUAGUAAUUGUUAGACUGGUUUAGAUAAAAAAAACUGGUUCAGAUAGAAUCAGUAUUUACUUUAAGAUUGGUUUAAGUAAAGUCAAUUUCAAUUGUUAAGACUUUGUCUGCUAAAAUCAAUUGUGAUUGCUUAAAUCAUUACAGACUUUGAUUGUUUAAAAAUUUAGAUUUUUACAGACAACUAUAGGUGAUAUAUUCUAUAUUUCGGAAAUGUUUAUUAUUGUACAGUACUUUAAUACACUUGUACAUUAAACAAUAUUUUUUUUAAAUAAAAAUAUUUUAUGUAUUUAUUUUUGAUUAAUUUCAUACAGGUUCAUAUAAUUUCAUACAUUUUUAAAAUUUGAUACCUGAAUUUGGAUAUUGUAAAGAUUUUAAAUCUUAAAACAUGCUGCUUUCUUUGGUUUACAAAGAUUUUUAUAUGUUUAAUAACAACAGUAUUUUAUACAUUGUUAAAACUUUUACCUAAUAAGUUUUGCUUAUUACACAUUUUGUAUGAAUUAUUAUUUAUAUCAUAUUUUUGAUGUUUUCUUUUUUGCACUUAAAAGAAAGUUUUUUUAGACAAAAAACAAACUUGCUUACAGUUCAUUUGAUUAAUUUUUUUUAUUGAAAAUGAAAGUAAUUGUUCUAGUCACUGAGCACAUGUAAAUAUUUUUGCACUUAGCAACAAAAACUUUCAUUUCUUUAAACAUGAUCAAAUCAUCACUGAACAGGUUUAGAUUUGGCAGGUAGGGGAUACAGUUUUGUUAAUAGGACUUUUAAUUAGCAAAGUCAUUUUCAGGAGAGCUGGAAAUCUUGUUUAGUUUUAUGCUUUACUUAUACCAUCAGUGAUACAAAUAAAUUGAUUAUGUCACCAGAAUAACGGCACGUAGUUGGGCCAGUCUCAAAACUGUAGACAACUAAAUUAAGAAUUUUAUAUUGAAAUCCAUGAAGUGUUAACCUUCUGGAACCCCAAGGUGAUUAUCUGAUCAGCCUUUGCCACCAUUAUAGAACCAGCUGAGCCUUUUGGUAGCUCAGAGUUUUGUAUUUUGAUAUUCAAGCUCUUUAAACUUUGAAUAGACUGUUUGAAAUUCAAAACUGGGCAAAGCCAUUUCACUAAUUCAAGAGUUUCAGGGUUCAAGCUAUACAAAGCCAUACCAAAUUAAAUGCACGAUAAAUCCAUAAAAUAUAUUCUUGGUUAAGAAUUAAAAAAAAAACACUUUUGUGCUUCUUAUCACAGAUUUAGUCAGUCUCACAGAUAUUUAUAGAUUACACAUUUCAUAUUGUAUAUAUAUCCGAGCACAUCAUCAUUUUUCCCAUUACAGACCCUCAUUUAAAAACAUGUUCAUAAAAUGUAAUUAACAGUUUUAUCAAUUUGUACAUCAUUUUCAUGCAAUUCUCAAUUAAGAUGGAGAAUAUUCUUUUUUUAUUUUAAUGUUUUGUUGAACCAGUGACUUUAUGUUGUAAAAUUUCUCUAUAUUUUGUCAUCUUUCAUUGUGAUGUCAUAGGUGAUGAUUUGUAUUGUUUUCUGUUUAAUUGACAAUAAUUUGUUCAUGUAUGCUGAGAUAUUUGUUUUUUAGCCCGAAUUUUUCGAAAGAAAUAUUAGAAUUAUUGCAACAGUUAUGUCGUCCAUUGCUGUCAGAAAACUUUCAACAAUGGCCAUCAUUUUUGUAUUUCUUAACGGAUUGUCUUCAUACUUGGACCCAACAACCCUUUGGACAACACCUUCAUUUAAAUAGCCCAGAUUAAACUUGGGCUUGAAUUUUAAUGACAAUAAUUUUCAAGGGGUAUUGACUUUAGAAAUAAGAAAAAGUCGAGCGUGGCCCCUGCUACACGGUGGCUCUUGUUGUCAUUCCUUUUGUGAAGGGUACACAUUACAUUUCACUUAUUGCAACUGACUCUUUAUCUAAAAUAUGAUUGGACACAUUGAAAUUUAAAAUUGACCAAUCGCUGAGUUGCAUGAAUGUAAACUCGCUUGGUUGUUAUCAAAUGAAAACAAAGAAAAUUGUGCAGUGCCAUUUUUAUUGUAUUUUGUUUAUGGUAAUUUGUGUUAGCUUUUAAGUUCAAAUUUUACUGUCAGCGGAUAAAAAACAUUUAAUUUGUCAAUUCAAAUAUUUCAACAGUCAAAUACGAUGUAAUGUGUGACGAUAUAAUGUGUGACGUCACACUAUUGCGUCCUGCAAUGUUUAAAGGUACCAACAGCAAAUGAUUGGAUUGAAAUCAUAUAUCUCUGAGUUGAUUGUCACAAGGUUUAUUAAUGUAAUGAUCUUAUGGUAAUCAGGUUCACAUGGUAUUUCCCAGAGCACUUUUUCGUAUUAAAUGGCUCCUAUUUGAACUGUGAACUGACGUGUUUUUU